AUGGUAAGUACCAGGUGCUUAUUGGAUCUUCAUCUUUCAGGGGUCCAGAUCUGGCUGGCUUCAUUUAACCGUAGCCCAACAGCUGGCAGAUUUGCCCUAAUGGGCAGGGCACGCAGGCCUCUACCUGGGCAGCACAGACAUUGUGAGAAAUGCUUUAACCGUCACUGCCACAUUCCUGUGGAGCCUGGUGUCUCCUGUCUGGUGAUAAACUGCCACCUAUCCUGUGGUGCCACCUUCCACAUGUGCAAAGAGGCAGAGCAUGAGCUCCUCUGCCCUCUAGAGGAGGUUCCGUGCCUCAACUCCGAGUAUGGCUGCCCCCUUUCCAUGUCCCGCCACAAGCUGGCCAAGCACUUGCAAGUGUGCCCUGCCAGUGUGGUCUGCUGCUCCAUGGAGUGGAAUCGCUGGCCAAAUGUGGACUCUGAAACAACCCUUCAUGAGAACGUCAUGAAAGAGACCCCCAGUGAGGAGUGUUUGGAUACAGCUCUGGCCCUCCAGGACCAGAAGGUCCUUUUCAGAUCUCUGAAAAUGGUAGAACUUUUCCCAGAAACUAGAGAGCCCACCGAGGAGGAACCUACUGUGAAUGGUGGAGCCAGCUGGGAGGAAAUGGGAGGAGCAGUGGGUGGGGCAGAAGCCAGUUUGGUACCACAUGGAUGUCUAUCAGCAACUAACGGGGAGAUGGCAGAACUGAGUCAAGAAGAACGAGAGGUGUUAGCCAAAACCAAAAAAGGGAUGGACCUAGCCAAGUUUGACAAGUGGGAAAACAUAUUCAGCAAAGAGCAUGCAGCCUCUGCUUUAACAAGCUCUUCAGUAGGCUGUGAGAGCAAGAGUGGAAACAGCCGAGGGAAAGAACAGAUUUCUAGCGACAAUAACAUGGUAGGAGAGGAUGCUCUCAAAGAGAAAGAACUGCAGGAAAACCAGAAGCAGCAGGAUUUUCAUGCAGCCCUGGAAACGACAGGGCUCGCCCCUUGGCAGGAUGGUGUUCUGGAAAGACUGAAAACAGCUGUGGAUGCAAAAGACUAUAAUAUGUAUCUGGUGCACAACGGGAGGAUGCUUAUUCACUUUGGUCAGAUGCCCGCUUGCACACCUAAGGAGAGAGACUUUGUUUAUGGCAACCUUGAGGCUCAGGAAGUGAAGACAGUUUAUACCUUCAAAGUUCCUGUGAGCUACUGUGGGAAGCGGGCUCGUGUUGGAGAUGCCAUGUCGAGUUGUAAACCAAGUGAACACAAGGCAGUAGACACUUCGGAUUUAGGGAUUACGGUGGAGGACCUACCCAAAUCAGAUCUCAUCAAGACCACACUCUUGUGUGCUUUAGAAAGAGAACUUAAAGGUCAUGUCAUCUCUGAGUCCAGAAGCAUUGAUGGGCUGUUCAUGGAUUUUGCUACACAGACAUACAAUUUUGAGCCAGAACAAUUUUCCUCUGGUACAGUGCUGGCUGACCUCCUAACCACUGCCAACCCAGGGGGGCUCCAUGUGGAACUCCACAGUGAAUGUGUGACUAGGAGACACAACAAGAGCAGCUCUGCCUUCACUUUCACUUGCAACAAAUUCUUCAGGAGGGAUGAAUUCCCCCUACAUUUCAAGAAUGUCCACACAGACAUUCAGUCAUGUCUCAAUGGCUGGUUCCAGCAUCGAUGCCCUCUCGCCUACUUGGGAUGUACAUUUAUUCAAAACCAUUUCCGUCCCCCAGGGCAAAAGGCAAAAGUGAUCUAUAGUCAGGAGCUCAAGACCUUCGCCAUCAAGCCAGAGGUUGCUUCAGAGCUGAGUGAGACAAAGAAGAACCAUCUCUCAGGCCAUGGAGGGAAAAGCCAGAAUUGUCUAACCAGCCUGCCACUGGAGGUUUUGCAGUACAUUGCUGGGUUCUUGGACAGCAUCAGCCUGUCCCAGCUUUCCCAGGUGUCUGUGCUGAUGAGAAAUAUCUGUGCUACUUUGUUACAAGAGAGAGGGAUGGUCCUCCUGCAGUGGAAGAAGAAGAGGUAUUCUCACGGAGGCACCUCCUGGAGAGUCCACAGAGAGAUCUGGCAGUUCAGCAGCCUCUUCUCCAAAAUCAAGAGCUGGGAGUUUAAUGAAGUUGCCUCUAUGUCUGAACACCUGAAGGCCUGUCCUUUCAAUGUUGUAGAGCAUAAGACUGACCCAGUUCUUUUGACCAGCAUGUGUCAGCUCCAGGAGCCGGCCCGAGAGAGCUUAGUCACCACCUUUAGAGCCAGACCACGAGGAAGACACACCUGCUAA